AUGAAGACACAAGAAAUAGACAGUGGUAUAAUUACAAAUGGAAAUUAUAUUCGCAAUGCGUUACACGCAAGCAACACGAAGAUAAGAACGAAAAAUAUUUUGAACAGUAUCGAAUGUAUAGAAGAAGAAAAAAAAAGUAACUUUUUAACUUUAAAUGAAAAUUUGAUUUCAAAAAUAAGAAGUGAUGGAUUAGAGAUCUUAAAAAAAGAAGGAGAAAUUUUGGACGUUAAUUCACGUAAUGUUUGUUAUGCUUUGAAAAAUGGAAAAUUCCGCUUAAUAAAUCAGAAUGGUAUAAACACAACUAGAAUUAAAUUGCCAUACGAAAAUGAGGUUUUAUAUGUUUCUUUUAAUAAAGAAAAUGGAAAUUAUUUACUCCUCUUGGACAAUAAAGGACAUUUAUAUGUUUACAAAAUUAAUGAAUACAAGGUAGAGUUGACUUUUUGUAUAAAUUUUCCCCCAUAUCAGAAAAAAUCAUCGUCUUCUUCAUCUAAUAGUGUCAGUAUAAAAAAUGUUUUAAAAAGUGGAAUUCCGAAAAAAGCUAGCUGGCUACCUAAAAGUGAUAAAAUUUUUCUGACUGGUCAUAAUAAUUGUUUAUACGUAUGGAAUAUUUCUUUGCUUACAAAUGCAAUGGCAGCAAACAAGUCCAAGGAUGAAAUUAAUGUUACGGACCAACUGGUAGCUAUGUGUGCCGUCACAUUGUCAUUUGAGCCUAUCCUGUGCAAGUAUAGUAAUAUGAAUGGUCAGGCAGAAAACGCGCAAUAUGGCAAUAAUGCGAUGGCUAGUCAGGUGACUCCUGAUCAGGCGAAUAGCCAGAUAAAAGACCGUUCAGAUGACUCUACGGAUAGGCAUGUGCAUGAAGAAAUGGACACUACUGUAAAGAAUACAUUUUUAAACACAUAUUGCAUGAGUCUCAAUGGAAAAUAUAUCCACGCACUGAUAAAUAACUACUACUCAAUUAUCUGGAAAAUACAGAGAAGUAAUCAGGGCUUAAUAUUUACCCUUGUUGGAUUUAGUUUCCUCAAGGGAGAAUUAAAAAAGGUUAAAAGAAUGUUACUUAUGAGAAAAGCUCACCAGGUGGCAGUUGGAGAUGGAGAAGUUGGAGAAGCGGGAGAAGUUGUAGAAGCGGGAGAAGUUGGAGAAGUGGAAGAAGUUGGAGAAGUGGAAGAAGUUGGAGAAGUGGAAGAAGCGAAUGGUGCAGACGGAGGAAAUCGUCACAAAAAUGGAGAAACUUCGGAACUCAGGAUAGGGGUGAAAAAGAGCAAGGAAAAAAACGGUUGGGUAGACAAAGAUGGGUAUGAUUGCACCGACAUGAAAAUAUCAUCAGUACACAUUUUGAACACUUUUUUUGAAUCGAAUGAAAAUAAUGGGAAUGCGAACCAAAGUACAUACUAUCUAAUUGUUUUUCAUAGCUCAUGUUGUAUAUCCAUUUUUCCAUUUAAUAAUGAUUAUGAGUCUAGUGAAGUUGAAAUAAAGGAACGUAUUGAUAUGCUAAGCGAGCAUAGCGUGCAAAAUAUAUUUGUUGAAAGGGAUCAUGUGAAUAUUGAAAACAUUGAAUUAUUUGUGGAUCCAUCAGAGUUUUUUGUUUUUUUUAAUAUCUCCUACAGAAGUGGUGUAAGUUCAAUGUCCAAGUCUGCCACAGAUUCAAGUGGGAGCCUAAUUUUCAUCUUAGAAAUAUUUAAUAAGAAAAGGUUGGAUUUUAAAAUUCAUCCAAAAUAUGUUAACCUUCCGAAUAAAACCAUACUACCGCUGUGUUCUAUCAGAUUAGUGAAAAUAAACUCUUGUCUUAAAUUUUCAAAAGUUUUAAACGUGUCUGUUUCUUCAUCUUCUUUAAAUAUUAUUAACCUUUUUAUGUUCUCCAUCAUUUUUAAUUCUUCGAAAAAGAGCGUAAGUGUUCAGUCUUUUUCUGCUCCUAUUCCCUUACUCAUGGGGGAUGUGUGCAAUACAAAUGGUGCAGAGCGGGUUAUUGUGAAAUCGGGUUCUCAUGAUAGCAACAAACAGAGGCAGGAAUCGAAGCCGAGGGAGGAAUCAAAGAUGAAUGAAAUGCACUCUACUAAUAGCAGCAUUGUGAUGAAAGGUAAUGUAAAUAACCAUAUGAAUACGACUCACAAUGAAACUUGCUCUCUGGUGCAACCAAAUGAGGAGAAGAAGAAGAAGAAGAAGAAGGAGGAGGAGGAGGAAAUCGAUCAUACAAAGAAAAAAAUGGAAGAAAAUAUGAACAUACAGAAUAAUAUAGCCCACUACGAGGAAUUUCUAAAAGCCAUAAUGACCACUGGGGUACAUGAACAACAGACAUCGGAUCAGCUGACAGAAAGAAUAAGCAGUUCAGAUGAUCAUCCAAAAAAAAAAAACAUUAAUCAGGAGCAUCAGAGUGUUAUAGGUAAUACACCAAAUAAGAGUGAUAAGUUUUCUACUCAUCCUAUGGGUGAGGAGGAAAGAGAAUUUUUAAAAUCUCUAAAAAAGAAAGAACAUGACACGAUUAUUGCUACUUCAGUCUCGUUAACCCGGAAUGUUAACACGUAUUCAAAUUUUCUCCUCAAUGGAUUGUCAAACCAUAAGACUGAUAAGGAUGGAACCAAUAAUGAAGUAUGCAUUAGCAUGACAGAGAGGUUAAGGGAGUUGCUAAAUAAGAGUAACAGAGAUGAAUUGAUGAAAAACACAACGGAUGUUAGUACACAAUUAAAACAAAACAAUGAUACCACGAAUUAUUCAGAAAUUGAACCAGUAGGAAAUGUUCCAUUGAGAAAAAGGAACGUGAAAAACGAAUAUCAAAUGAAUCGCAUAUUAUGUGAAGAAAUAAAAAAUGAAAGUGACAUAAUGGAAUAUUAUCCUGAAUAUGCAUGUAAAAACUCGUACGUGGAAGAAAAAAUUGACAUGAAUAAUAAUAUAUGCACAGAACAGAAGAUGAAAAAUACGCAUCUGUUUUUGCACUUGGAUAAUACUGCAAGGGGAGUGAAACAAGAAGGGAGUUUCACCAAUGAUUCCGCUUGUGAAGUGGAAAGAAAGCAAUUUUUGGGACAUGUGGAAGGUGCGGAAGUGGGAGGAAAGGUAAGUGGGAAAAAGACAUGUGAUGAAACCACGCAUCUUAGCCACGCCAAAGACGUGAACAAUCUAAAAACACACAGUUCAUUGGAAAAUUUGCAUAAAACAAGGAGGAAUACAGAAAUGACCGCUGUUCAAUUGAAAGAAAGAAAAGGUGUAGGUGAUAAUUCAGCUCUUUCUGAAGGUGAUGGAAUGAAUCCAGAGAAUGAGGAAGAAGAAGAAGAAGAAGAAAAAAAAAAAAAAAUAGUUGAACAUAACAGCAAUAUUGAUAUAAUCAUGUCAACACAUGAAGAUGCUUUGAGGAGGUUCAUGGAAUGUGAAGAUGGAGGAGGAGAACUCAACGAAGUAGAACAAAUGGAUGAGGAAAAUUCGCAAAAAGUGGUUAACACUUUGGAUAACGAGAUAGAAGUGGAUGAAAAGAAUUUACAAAAAGUGGAUAACACUUUGAAUAACGAGAUAGAACAAAUGGAUGAAAAGAAUUCACAAAAAGUGGUUAACACUUUGAAUAACGAGAUAGAACAAGUGGAUGAAACAAAGGUGGUAACCUCUGAAUACACAAUGGGAGAAAAAGGUAAAGAAUCUAGACAUACUAAUCUAAAGAAAGAUAACGAAAUUUUUGUGAAAAAGGAGAAAAGCAUGAACUCCUUUCUUCACAAAUUAGGAUUUUUUAAGCAUAGUUCAGCAGUAGUUGAAGAGACCAUAACUUUGGAAACGCAGAAUCCAGUCGAACCUGUGUUUUCAAAAAAUGACAUGAAGGGAAACAUUACAAAUCAAGGUGACGAUUCGAAAAAUCGAAAUGAUGAAACUGAAAGGGAUAAUAAACAAAUGCAUGAUAUAGGAACAUGUAAGAAAAAACUAGAUGUGUAUAACCAAGUUGAUGAGGAAAGUAAGCAAAACCAGUUGGUAAGUAAACCCACAGAAAGAGAUAUGUCUAAGGUAGAUGGAGAGAAAAAUUCAGAUAUGAUUAAAAUAAAUCAAUCGAAGGAAACAAACGGUUUUUUAACCGUAUGUGUAAAAACUGAUAUUGUGAAAACAUCUGGGAUGAAAGAAGAGGAAGGAGUGGGAAACAGAGAAGUUACAAAUAACACACAACAGUGUGAAAACUAUCAUUUAAAUGAAUUGAAUAACACACAUGACCAUGAUAUCCUUAAACAUUUGUGUACAGAAAUAUGCAAAAAGAUGAGCUCCAAAAUGGCAGUUAUGAUAUAUGAAGAAAUUAAAAGUUGCAAAGUGGUAUCGGAAAUGAGGGGUUCAGAUAUACAUAGCAAAAUGAAGGAGGAAUACAAUAUGGAAGAAGAAAAUAAUAAACGUGUUAAUGAAAAAAUGCACAAAGAAAUGGAAAAGACGUUUAAUAGUUUUAACAAGAAGAUGACCGAAAUGAAGGAGGAAAUAAUUAUUCUAAAGAAUGGGAGCAAAAGCAUGAAUGGGAAAAUUACUUCCAUCAGUAAUACUGUUGCGAAAAUUUAUGAAUCUCUUAAAAGUAAUUCUAAUGGCCCCACUGCCAGUAGUAACAAUAACAGCGGAAGUAAGAAUGCGCACGUUAAUGGGUCGCUUGCGUUGAUUGGACAAGGAGGGAAGAUAGAAAAACUGAUAAACGAAAUAAACAGUCUUAAAAAAAGUAUGAACAAUAUGACGAAUACAUUUUCGGAAGGGUUGUCAGUAAUUUCAGACGAUUUGAAAGUCAGUUUUGCCAACAUGUUAAAGGGAAGUAAUGAUCAGCUGAAAAGGUGGGUUUUGCAAGAUGUGAGGCACCCAGGGGGUCCAGAUGGCCAAGAGCAGAACCAGGGGCUGAAACAGUCGGGGCAGAAACAGUCGGGGCAGAAACAGUCGGGGCAGAAACAAACGGGGCAGAAACAAACGGGGCAGAAACAAACGGAGAAGUGGAAAGUGGUGCACGAAGAGGAAAGAGCCUACAUAGACAUCGAUAGACAUACUGCACAUGGAGAAGGAGAAGAAGAAGAAGAAGAAGGGAUGAACCAAAGUAUGGGUACAUAUAACAAGGAAAUGACUGAGUUCUUUAAUAAUGCACAUCAAAAUGCAUUGAAAAAAAUAAUGCCUGGAGUGAUUUCAUCUGAAAUACAAAUUCAAUUUGCAAAAAGUGUAGUACCAGGGAUGAAGGAAGCUUAUAAUACAGGAUUUCAUUCUAUUAAAGAAUCGUUAAAUUCAUUAUUGAUGGAAAAUACAAAAUGGAUAAGCAAAGAAUUGUAUGCAAUAGAAAAGGCAAUAUUGUGUGAAAAGGAAGAACGAAAAAAUAGAGAUGAUUUAUUCAACUCUAUUAGUGAUAAACUGGAGCAAUUACAAAGUGAAAUGAAACUUUUUACAUUGAAUAUGAAUCAACAAAUUGCAUACUUGCACGAUGAUAUUAAUGGACUGAGCAAUGCCCCAAUGCAGUUGGUUGAUGGAGAAGCCGUGGAUGACAACCAUGACCUUCUGAGAAAAAGUUGUGUAGAUGCAGAGUCAGCUACAGAAGAAAAGCUGCAUGGAGGUAAGCAUCCCUAUGCAAAUGAGGAGGAUGCAAAUGUGGAGGAUGCAAAUGAAUACACGAAUGAGUACACAAAUGAAUACACGAAUGAAUACACAAAUGACAACCAGAAUGAUAACAGUGAACACACAAAUACUGAAAGAGUUGUAGUGGGAGAUAUUCAAUACGGAUGUCAAAAUGAAAGAAGCUUGAACAGUAUAAAAAAGGAAAGCAACCGAUCUAUUGUUGAAUUAAAAGAAAAUAACAAUUACAGCAUGAAAACACAUAACGAUACAUCGGACAUUCUGACGAAAGGAAGAAUUAAUCACCUGUUAAGUGAACGUGAAUUUAAUGAGGCCUUUACCUUAGCCAUAUCCAUAGACAUUGAAAGGAACACAAAUGGUUAUUGGUUACUUCAUUUGUGUCGUAGAUUUAAUGCUAACCUUCUGCUUAAUAAUUAUUUGUCUAUAACACAACCAGUUCUUUUAGGUAUAAGUAAAAUAUUAUGUGAAUCUUUAAUAAAAACAUGCAACUUGACUAUGGAAGAAGCAGCUUUUCGUUUGAAAUGGAUUCAAGAAUGUUUGAAACUGUUAAAUAUGAACCAUCCUGAUUUAGUAAAAACAAAUUCUUUUAUAUUUAUAAAGAAUAUGCAUAAUAACAUAAGUACAUUUAGUUAUCAUGUAGAUUGGAAAAUUGGAAAGUUGAAUGAAAACGUAAUAAACCUUGCAAAUUUGGAUUUGAAAAAAAAGAUACUUCUAAAUGAAGAUUCUCCAUCUGGGCAGCAGAAGAAGACGUCCAAUAUGUUAUUUUGCAGUAAUCAAGAUGAAGAUCUUGAUAGUGAGAAUUUUUCGUUUCAUUCACCACAGAAGUAUUACCUUCACAACAAAAGCAUGCUAGUUACCUUGCAGGAAAAGUUGAUACACAUUAGGAAUCUUCUCAAGAGGAUUAUUAAUAGCAUGAACAAUAGUGAAGACAUCACAAUGUUAAAUAGGUAG